AUGGAAAUUCUUAAGAAGACGGCGCUGUUUCGCAUCGAGCAGCAGACGAAAGACACACCGCCAGGGGAAGUGACGAAUAUCUCGUUGAGUGACGUGCCGCUGUUACCGGAACGCCUCAAAUGCUUCAGCGCCCUGACGCACCUGACGUUGGUGUCGAUGAAGCCAAGGAUCAAUACGCUUCAGGCCAUCUCGUUGGCCUCCUUCCCCUCUCUCCGCAUGCUGGACGUGAGCGAUAACAGCGUGACCGUCGCGGAAGACCUCCCUUUGUGCCCCACCCUGAGGAGACUCUUCAUUGCGAACAACCGCGUCAGGCAGUGGGCCGAGGUGGAGCGGCUGGCGGCAUCCUUCCCAGGGCUGGAGGUCAUUGACGCCACGGACAACGAGGUAGAUGACGCCUCCCGCUUCAGCGAUUUUUUUGAGUUGUUUCCAAAUCUUGUGGCCCUCGACUCAAAGAACCGGGACGGCGAGGAGGUUGUCGUUGCGGACUCCGAUGAGAGCAGCUCCAGCCUUGACGACUCGGAAGACGACAGUGAAGACUCAUUGAUAUCGGAAGAGGAAGAGGAGGAGGAGGGAGAGACUGAGAAGAAGAAUGAAAAUAAGAGGCCACGUGCAUGUGAAGGAUUGGGCGGCGAUGAGGACAACGCAGCACCCAAAAAAGUUUCGCGUACGCAGUAG